AUGGCCCUGGUGUUGACACAAGAUUAUAAUGAUGUGUGCACAAGCCAGGCUAACUCCAAUGUGCAGGAAAUUGUACGGCUUGCCUCCUUUCUUCCCAUAUGUAAGCAAAUCCAUGGAAACGUAUAUUGCAUUAGACUAUCAGCUGCCGGCUUCCGCUACACAGGAACUGGCACUACAGUGAAGUGUGAUUUUUGUGAUAUAUCACAUGACAUAAACAGUAUAGUCUCUGAUCCAUCUGACAAAGAAUACCAUAAAGCUCUCUGUAUUAUCCCAAAUGAGAUCACAACAGCUGAUAGCAUAGAAAAUGACAACAAAAUUGAUUUUGCUCCACAAGCUUCAGGUUUUACCAACAUAGAUAAACAACCAGAAAAUAUUUGUUCAGUUAACAUAGAACUACAAAAUGAUACCCUGGUUAUGGAAGACACAUUCCCUAAGGAAUCCAACACACAUGAUUUUAAUGAAGGUGAUGAUGAGGGCUAUGCAGAUGUAUCAGAACAGCCCACUGCACUUCCAAUUUUCUAUUUUCUUUCUGCAGCUGAUCCAGUUUCUGGCAUCACAAGACACAACUCUAAUUCCAGCAAUUCAUCUGGCUACAAUUCUGACAGUUCCCUUGCAUCCAGUGAGCUAAGUGACUACUCCGUUGAGUCAAUAUAUUUUGAUGACAGUGACCUAUUUGAAUCAGAAUAUUGUGAUUCAAAAGUAAAAUAUCAAAGCUCUCAAGUUAAUGGGAGAGAAUGUAAGAAGAAUCCAGGACACUUUGCUUAUUUCCCCUUGGCGACCUUGACAUUGGAGCAAAUCCCAGCCAAUACAAGACAUCCUGAUGUUUUGAAGUUCCUUAAUUUCUGGGGAACUUUGACAGCUAGAAUAGUUGUAUCCACUCCAAGUAAUGCAGCUUAUCGAACAGGGACAGGAUUUGUCUUUGAUUUAACAGGCCUAGAACACAAGAAGCUGAAUAACAUCAGAAAGUUUGUUCCAUUUCUGAAGAAAAACAAAAGUAGAGUUUAUGUCCAGACCAACAAACAUUUGGUUAAAGAUGUAGAAGAUGUUGGAAACACAGUAGUGGAGUUCUAUGACAGGCUAGAAAAGAAGUGCUCUCUCAAAGUGGAGUCUGUGCUCUUCAGAAAAACAGCAGGAGACAGCAGUGUCAUUUUGAUUUGUAAAUGUCCUGAUCCAAGUUUUGCACAGCUGCUUUACAAAACAAGGCAAGAAAUGUUGACAUUGGCGGACAUGUUGCCAGGUAGAGCUAAGGAAUGUAUGACCAAAAAAGUAUUUAUAAUCAGCCAUCCACAUGGAGGAGAAAAGGUUCUGUCUUAUGGUGAUUCCGUCAAGGUAAAAUUUGACAUGAAUAUUGCGGAAGAUGGAAAAAUGAGACUGGCCAAACUAACUGGUCAGCAACAAGCUCCAUCAGAUUUCAGCAGAAGUCGCAAACUUUUCCUGUAUGCUGCAGACACAUGCCAAGGGGCGUCUGGUGCACCUGUGAUUCUCUUCAAGAAAUUUCAAGAAGCUGGAUUGGAGGAGACGAGAUACAAACUUGAUGUCUGGGUUCAUAAUGGCAUAGACAGGAGCUACAACCUCAGUGCCACAGUCCUCAGAAUCUGUGGGCCUGAAGAUUUCCUGCCCCCACCAGCAUCAGCCCAACAAACCCACCAAGACAGUGAUGAUGAAGAUAACCCAGGCAACCAGCCAGUUACCUCUCCUGUGUACAAGGUGCUGACCCACCCAUCCUACCCUGCCUACAUCCUCUUUAACAAGAGGUUGGACAGCUUCAGCCAGUGGGGGUACCACAGCAUCCACAAGCCACAUGACCUGGCAACUGCAGGCUUCUUCUAUGCUGGAUAUGCAGAUUGUGUGCGCUGCUUCCAGUGUGGGCUAGGCCUGAAAUCCUGGAAACCUGGAGAUAAUGUGUACACAGAGCAUGAGAAGCACAGACCAACUUGUCCAUUUCUUCAGGCACAGAUUAGGGCUGGCUUUCACAACUCAACCAACACAGCAGGAGAUGAUGCUAAUAUUGACCCAGUCAGCUGUGAGCAGGUUUCAGAUCUUACAAGUACAAAAACCCCAACCAUUCUAGCUCCAAACAGUACUGAGAGAAACAGCAGUGUUCUGGAUAAUGAACUUGAGCCCAACCAACAGGGCCUGGUGUCUACACUGUUGGCUAUAGAGAACAGACAGCUGAAGGAUCAGCUCAAGUGUAAGAUCUGCAACAAGGCCCAGAUCAAGGACCUGUUCCUGCCCUGUGGGGACCUCUAUGCCUGCACAGACUGCUCCAGGCUGUUGACACAUUGCCCAUCUUGCAGUAAGGCUAUACUUGCAACUGUUACUGUUUAUCUGACAUAAAGUGGUCAUUCUUUUUCUUUGGUCAGUUUUUAUGGAUUGUUAUGUUUUUAUAAAAUAAAUGUUACAAUAGAAACUAAUGUAGAUGAAUGCCCAGACAGUUAACAUGGCACGGUUUCCUUUUUAAGAGUUAACAAGCGCUACCUGCUUUUUUUGGGCUCUUUUUUAUUGCAUCUAAACUUUAGACAGCAAUUCUUUAAAACUUUAACAUCAAGAAGUGUGGCUGCUCUUACAAUUUGUUAGUCAGUUGCCAAAACAAUAGUAAUUAAAAUCACUGGUUAUUUACUUUUAAAUAUAUUUAAAAGCUAUUCAAUAAAUAUCCGAUUGUAAUCAGUGGUAAUUUAAUCAAUUUUAUAAAAUUGGUCUCUAUUAAAUGCUGCUUGGCUUAUUAACAAAUAUUCCUUACAGAUUCCUGCGUAAUUAUUAGCUAAAAAUCUUUUAAAUUAAGCAUUUUUUUAGUGAAACAAUAUGUUAAAAGUUGAAAUUUACAGUGUAGUGAAAGGUACUCUGCAAUCAAGUGGGAGGGCCAAAUUAGAAAUCUGUAUGGUCUGUGUAAAAAUAUUUGACAUUUUGAUCAUAUUUUAUAUUGUUAACAGUUUUAUUUGCUAACACAUUACUAGUUUAAAAAUAUUUUAAUGGCUUUGUAUUAUCAUUUUAUAUUUUAGCAUCUUUAAAAAGGUAGAUUUUAUUUGCACCGUUUUAUUCUGCUUUUUAUUAAAUAUGAACUCUGUAAAGAUGAAUAUCUAAUAAGUGAUUUGGUAGAAGAAAUAUACUUUAAUUAGAAUAGGAAUUUAUAACUUGUUUAUCCAAAAAAAAAAAAAACUGUUUAGUAAUGAAAGCUUUAGGUAACGUUUUGACUUAAGUUAAUGUUUUAAUUAGAUUAAGAAAGUAUUUUAUUGUGAACAUUUUUUCUAGUUUUUUUAAAGAAAAUUAAAAUUGAGUUUAUUGCCUAAUUUUAACAUAUAGAUAUCCGAUUUUUAUGUUUCAACAUUUUUUAAGGAAAAAUUGAUGGUCUUCUUAUUUUAAAAAAACCAACAAAAUUUACCGGCAUUACCCCACCCUUUUUUACAGCUUAAAUUAAAAACCAAACAACUGGUACACAGAAACUACUGAGAUUUCAAUUUUAUUUUUCGUAACCACACCUCUUAGUAAAUAAUAGAGCUGGUCCCAAGUCCAGAGGAAUGCAAAAGAAACCAUCCUCACUAAUCCAAGAAAUAUUUAUAUAAACUAGGGGAAGAAACUAAAACAACCAAUUAUUUUAAAAACUUGGUGCCAUGUUAACUAGCUGCGCAUGCAUUUUCAUGUCUUAGCAGCUAUUCUGUUUGAUAUUCUGUUAAUUGUUUCCUGAAAAAGUAAUAUGUAUAUCGCCUUAAUGAUACCACAUCAAAUACAAAUCUGACAGAUGUAACUCUCACAAUAUAUGGUCCAACAUGUUAUCCUCUUGUUCUUUGGCAAAUAUAUUUUAUUUUACUCUUAACCUAUAUUAAAUUUAUUCAAUUACCUGUUGCAUGAUAUAUUAUUUCUAAUAAUAGUAAUAUAUAUUGUAAUAUAUAUUUGCUACCUUAACCAAUAUGUUCAUGAAACAGUAAUAUAGAAAAAUGGAAUGAUAAAAUUUGAAAAUAAUAAAUCUUGUAAUGAAGACCAACGUUUGAAAUAUUAGGCGAAAAGGUUGAUUAGUUUUAAGAUUCUGUUUAUAUAAUUUUUGCAUGCUUUUCAAAGCACCAGGUCUUAGUGUCAUAACAGUUUCAAACCUGGUUUAAAAAAGCUAACCACGUUACUUUACUAUUUUGAAUGUCUUUUAUGAGCAAACAAGUCCUUAUCGGUUAUUAAUUUGUAUUUCGCUCUUUUCGACAACUUUUUAACAUAAAUUAAUUAAACAUAAGGUCAAA